AAAUUAAUUUAAAAAAUCAAAUCUUGGGACAGAGAGGGCGUGCCCCACAUUCGAUGCUCAACAACAUCUACAACACUCUCUGUGGCUUCAAUCAGUGUUUCAGUGGGAAAGAGAGCGCUUGAUUGCUUUCAGGGACUUGUGAGUUACUUGAUGCUGUCCUGAGCGAAAAUCAUGGCACCAAAGGUUCAUUCUUCGGUCAAUAAAGUGAGAAGCCGGCUCUCCAUAGUCGUUGUCAUCGCUCUGUGUAGUUUCUUUUACUUGUUGGGAGUGUGGCAGAGGAGUGGCUUUGGUAAAGGCGAUGGUUAUGCUAUAGAGAUGAAUAAGCAGCAGGCAAACUGCAAUGUCUCUCCGUCUCUGGACUUCGAGAGCCAUCAUAAGUAUGUGGCUUCCAUCCAAUCAUCUGAGCCCAAAGCCAAAGUUUUCAAGCCAUGUGAUGCUAAGUUCACUGACUACACUCCUUGCCAAGAGCAAGAACGGGCCAUGAGAUUCCCUAGGGAAAAUAUGAUCUAUCGAGAAAGGCAUUGCCCACCACAGGAAGAAAAACUGCGCUGCUUGAUCCCAGCGCCCAAUGGCUAUACAAGUCCUUUCCCUUGGCCAAAGAGCCGUGACUACGUUUAUUAUGCUAAUGUCCCUUUUAAAAGCUUGACGGUUGAGAAGGCUAACCAGAACUGGGUUGAGUAUCAGGGUAAUGUAUUCAAAUUUCCAGGAGGCGGGACGAUGUUUCCUCAAGGGGCGGAUGCGUAUAUUGAUGAGCUUGCACGAGUCAUUCCAAUAGCUGACGGCACAGUCAGAACAGCUCUGGAUACUGGUUGCGGAGUUGCUAGCUGGGGUGCUUAUAUGCUGAAAAGAAAUGUGCUGACAAUGUCGUUUGCACCAAGGGACAACCAUGAGGCGCAGGUGCAAUUCGCAUUGGAGCGAGGCGUGCCUGCAAUCAUUGGGGUGCUUGGAUCCAUAAAACUUCCUUACCCGGCCAGAUCAUUUGAUAUGGCACAAUGUUCGAGGUGCUUAAUACAAUGGGCUUCCAACGGUAUUACACAAACCAGGAAUAUGGAUGGCAUGUACUUGAAGGAAGUUGAUCGAGUGCUUAGACCUGGGGGAUACUGGGUCUUGUCUGGUCCUCCGAUCAAUUGGAAGACAUAUUAUAAGACGUGGAAGAGGACAAAAGAAGAUUUAAAGGCCGAACAGACGAGCAUAGAAGAUUUGGCUAAGAGCCUUUGCUGGGAAAAGAAGUAUGAGAAGGGAGAUAUUGCUAUCUUUAGGAAGAAGAUCAAUGCAAAGUCUUGCAAAAGAAAAUCAACUAACUAUUGUAGUAAAGCCUCAGAUACCGACGACUUAUGGUAUAAGAAAAUGGAGACAUGUGUAACACCCUUCCCGGAGGUGGAGAGUCCUAAUGAAGUAGCAGGAGGAGAGUUGAAGAAGUUUCCAGCUCGGCUUUAUGCUGUUCCACCUCGUGUACGAAAUGGUGAGGUUCCCGGGGUCACAUCCGAAUCUUACGAACAGGACAACAAACUUUGGAAAAAGCACGUUGUAGCUUACAAAAGGAUUGUUAGAUUGCUCGGCACCACAAGAUAUAGAAACAUUAUGGAUAUGAAUGCUGGGCUUGGAGGUUUUGCAGCAGCCUUGGAGUCAUCGAAAGUUUGGGUGAUGAAUGCUGUUCCCAUAAUCGCUGAAAAAACCCUGGGGGUCGUUUAUGAGAGAGGAUUGAUCGGCAUGUAUCAUGAUUGGUGUGAAGGGUUCUCGACAUAUCCAAGAACAUAUGACCUCAUUCACGCCAGUGGCUUAUUCAAAUUAUAUCAAGACAAGUGUGAAUUUGAAGACAUACUCCUUGAAAUGGACCGUAUUUUAAGGCCAGAAGGGGUGGUGAUCGUGCGGGAUGAAGUGGAUGUGAUAAACAAGGUGAUGAAGAUUGCCGGAGGGAUGAGGUGGGAUAUAAAAAUGGUGGAUCAUGAAGACGGCCCUCUCGUCCCUGAGAAAAUACUGGUUGCAGUGAAGCAAUAUUGGGUGGCCUCCAAUUCCACUUCUACUGAUCAAUGAGAUUAUGUAGUAUUAUGGUCAGCAGAUGGACUUCAAAUUAAAAUUUUAGCAAUUAGCUUUGAAUGAAUUUUGUCUUAAUUCAUUUAAUUUAAUUACCAACUUGGAGAGAUGAACCAUAUUUUUUGUACUCAGGAAUUGUAUCUAAAUUUGUUUCUAAGUUAAUGGACAGAUAAAACAACUCCCUCCCUCGUGAAA